UCUGAAAUUAUCCCUAUUAUUGUAUCAUCCCUUGCUCCAGAAAUUCGCCAUGCCACUGCUAGAGUAGAAAACAUUAGCAGGAUACCAAGUUUGCUAUCUUUUGUAGUCCGUAAUACUAAAUACCAGCAAGAAGAACUAAGAAAGAAUUGAGGAGACCGGUUUCCAUCCGCAAAGCAAAGAACUUCAGCACUCCACCUCUGUAUCUCUCCUUCUCUGGAUUCAAGCUUUUCACAGUACCAAAACAAAAUACUAUUCACUGGUUGCAAUAAGAGGACCUUGCAGUAAAGGUUGUUCUUCAGCUACUAAGAUAAAAGGCAGUCGUGGUUACAACAAAUGGAUGCAUUGAGGCUGCAGUCUUGGUUCUCACCUAUUAAAAUAAAAGGCAGAAAAGAUUCUUCUUCAUGCUAUGGUGAUCUCUCUAUGAGGAGAAAGAAACAGAACCAAACUCUUAUAUCAUCAACCUGGAUGUCUAUGAACAGCCUAUCCAGAUCGCCUUCAUGGGUUCAUGGGUUCAGAGAAUAUAGGUUAAAGACUACUAAAGCAGUGGGUGUAUCAGAGGCAGAGGAUGGGAGGGAGAAAGGAAGCAAAAAAUCUGGUGAAAAUUCUAUACCUGAUGAUGCCUUUGAUAUGGAUGAUGAAGAGAGGCAGGCAUGGAGGAAAAAAAUUAGGGAAGUGAUCAGUACGAACCCUGCCAUUGAUGAAGAGGUAGAUCCUGAUGAACGUAGAAAAAAGAUGCAAAAGCUUUUGGCGGAUUAUCCUCUUGUUGUUGAGGAAGAUGACCCCGAUUGGCCAGAAGAUGCUGAUGGUUGGGGUUUCAGCUUAGGUCAAUUCUUCAACAAGAUUACCAUUAAAAAUGUCAAGAAGGAUGAUGAUGACAACUAUGAUAGUGAAAAUGAAAUUGUGUGGCAAGAUGAUGAUUAUAUCCGUCCAAUUAAGGACAUAACAUCUGCAGAAUGGGAAGAGGCAGUGUUCAAGGACAUCAGUCCUUUAGCUGUUCUUGUACAUAACCGUUAUAAAAGACCAAAGGAAAAUGAAAAGAUUAGGAAUGAAUUGGAGAACGCUGUGCAUAUCAUAUGGAACUGCAGGCUACCAUCUCCAAGAUGUGUAGCAAUUGAUGGUGUUAACGAGCUUGGUUUGGUCUCUGCUCUACAAGUCUCUGUUUUCCCAGAGUUCAUAUUUAUUAAAGCAGGGAAAAUCUUACAUCGCGAGAAAUCAAUUCGAACGGCAGAUGAGUUGCCAAGAAUGAUGGCAUUCUUUUACUUUGGAGCAGCAAUGCCACCCUGUCUUAGUGGCAUUAAGAACAUUGAAGAAGAUAUUCCCUCCUAUAGUUCGAACAUGCGUGGAUUAACAGAAGUUACCUUAAAUAUGAAAGUUGAAGCAAAGAUCUGCCGCUCUGCUUCUUUAACCGUUCGAGGCGGUAUUAUCACCUACAUGAGUUGCCUGUUAAGAACUUCUUCCUGGUGUGGAUAUUCUCAUUUCAACAGCACAAAGUUCCCUUCCUAG